CAAAUAUGGACCGCUCUUCAUUUUUUCCUUUAGCGUUAGCUUUUUCUUGCCCUUUCCCAAAGCUUCGCGUUCUUGUUUCUUCUUCGCCACAGUGUACCCCUGCCUCUGGGAGUAAAUGAAGAUCAAUUUAAAACCAGAAAUGGGAUCUCCUGUUUUGGCAAUCCAGAACUUGCUAAGCUGGAACAAAUAUAAAAGGCUUGAUUUUAGUACUGAUUUUGUAAAGGGUAGGCGUUUGCAGAAGCACGAAGUAUCAUGGAGGGUGCUCUGCACCAAAAGAAUUGGAGCUUCUAUUUCUUGUUCUCACAGUUUCCACGAGGGUAUAAACCUACCAUCUAUUCAAGAACUUACUGAUGCUCGAGUUAUUUAUAGUGUAGCUCCUGCUAUGGGUCAUAACCAGGAUUCACAUCCAGAAUCCCAUCUCAGAGUUCCUGCAAUUGUGAGUGCCCUUGAAAAGAUGGAGCUCACUUCGAAGUUUCGUGGUCCCGAGAUUAUUGAACUUAAAAACUUCAAGCCUGCUUCUGCAGAUGAUAUUGCAAGUGUCCAUGCUAAAGCUUACAUUGAUGGCCUUGAGCAGGCUAUGGGUAGAGCUUCAGAACGGGGCAUUAUUUUCAUUGAAGGCACAGGACCAACAUAUGCUACUGGCAAUACAUUCCAGGAGUCACUUGUGGCAGCUGGAGCAGGACUAGCAUUGGUUGAUUCAGUGGUUGCAGCAUCGAACAGCAACCAGAAUCCACCUACAGGAUUUGCUUUGAUAAGACCUCCAGGUCAUCAUGCCAUUCCAAAAGGGCCUAUGGGUUUUUGCGUUUUUGGUAAUGUGGCCAUUGCAGCUCGUCAUGCUCAACGUGUGCACGGACUGCGAAGAGUCUUUAUUAUUGAUUUUGAUGUUCACCAUGGAAAUGGGACAAAUGAUGCCUUUUAUGAUGAUCCAGAUAUAUUCUUCUUGUCAACUCACCAAGAUGGGAGCUACCCAGGUACGGGUAAAAUUCAUGAGGUUGGUCAUGGAGAUGGUGAGGGUGCAACAUUAAACUUACCAUUGCCAGGAGGCUCAGGUGACAUUGCCAUGAGGACCGUGUUUGAUGAAGUCAUUGUGCCAUGUGCUCAAAGGUUCAAGCCAGAUAUAAUUCUCGUUUCUGCUGGGUAUGAUGGUCAUGUUCUGGAUCCACUAGCCAGUCUGCAAUUUACAACAGGAACAUACUACAUGCUAGCCUCAAACAUUAAACAACUCGCCAAAGAUCUAUGUGGGGGCCGUUGUGUUUUUUUCUUGGAGGGUGGAUACAACCUUGAUUCUCUUUCAUAUUCAGUGGCAGACUCUUUUCGCGCUUUCCUUGGGGAUAAAAGCUUGGCAUCUGAGUUUGAUAACUCUGCAUUCCUCUAUGAAGAACCAUCAACAAGAGUGAAGCAAGCAAUUCAGAAAGUUAAACACAUACAUUCCCUAUGAAUAAUCUAAACAUAUUUAAGAACACAUAUUGCUAGGUUGCAAUAACUACUUGUAGAUAAACUUCUGGAUAAGCCAGGCUAGCAGGAGAACUUCGAUUAAUGAAGAACUCCGGCGGUAAGCUGCCCAGCAGACUUUGCACGAGAAGCUAAGUUAUUGUAUAGUAUCUUUAUGAAUGUAUAGAAUUGCCAAUGGUAUUUAUGAUUAUCAUACAAUGCCAAAAUUUCUUGUACAUUUGCAACUUUUGCAGAUUGGAUAAGAUGCACUAAGCUUCUUUAUUUA